UCCAUGCGGGCUCGGCAGCAGGCCCAAGAGAUGAAGCGGCAGCAGGAGCUGGAGAACAAGGUGGUGGCUCUGAGCCGCGAGUUGGACGUCCAGCGAGCCAAAGUGCAGCAGCUGCACGAACUGCUGGCGUGUAGGGAACAAGAGCACAGAAAGCAGCUGGAGUUGCGGCCGCAGCCAGGCGGGACGGACUUCCUGGCAGCAGUGGCAAGAGAAGUGGCGUCUGAGAAGCAAAGUUACACUCGGAGAGAGUCUGAGUUGAAGGAUAAAGUGGAGGAGGGCAAGAAAGCAUACGCGGCCCUGGAGGACGAAUUCCGCAUGGCGCUCACCUUCGAGGCCGCGCGCUUCUCUGAGGUCAAGAAGGCGUACGACGAAAUGACGGCAGAGCUGCCGGAGCUCCGAGUGACGCUGGCUCAGUCGCGGCAGGCGGAGAAGAAAUCCGCCUCCCUGGCGCAGGAGCUCGCGGCGCUGGUCGAGGAGCAGAAGAGCCGCAUCACGGAGCUCAUCAACGCAAAGAGAAACGCCGUGACUGAGUUCAAGAGGCGCGCCCGGGCCCUUGAGGCCGACCUGGAUCGGGACCGCCGUCUGCGCCUUCAGCUGGAGGCGCUCAAGAAGGACAAAGCGCGACUGUCGUCUCAGCUCGGCGCGCAGGAGUCUGUCAUCGAUGGGCUCAGGGCAGAGAGGAGGCUCUGGGGGCAGGAGCUCGCUCAGCAAGGAGCAUCUCUGGCUCAGGACCGCGGACGUCUGGAGGCCAGGAUCGAGGCACUGGGCGCUGAGGUGGAGGCGCAGAAGAAGCAGAUUGAGCGGGACCACGACGCCCUCCAAAUUAAAGCCAAAAUCAUGGAGGAUCAAACCGAAUCCAUCCGCAAACUCAAAGAGACGCUGCAGGAGCGCGACGAGCAGGCCCGCAGGCUCCGCGACGACAACGCCCAGGCCGAGAAGACGUUCCAGCGGCAGCUCCGAGAGGAGACCUCUCGGCUGUCAGAGCUGGAGGGGCACGUGCGACGCCUCAGCUUGCGCAAGGAGGAGCUGAAGCAGCAGUUGGCGGACAAGGAGGCCCAAGUCGAAGAGGUGAAACGAGUUCACGGCGAGUCGACUAAAAAGUGGCACGAAAAGGCUCAGCUGCUCACUCAACUGGAGAGCCAAGUGAAGCGCAUGAAGGAAAACUUUGAGAGCAAGGAACGCACGCUCCUGGAAGAGAAUGAGCAAUUGACCGAAGCGCACGGAGCGGCGGUGGAGAAGCUGCGAUGCAUGGACGACGCCUUUUGCGCGCAGCUACAGUCCCUCCAGGCCGCCCAUCAGGCUGAGCUGCUUCAGAUGGCGAAUGACAAGCACGAUCGGAUGGAAGAAGCCAAUCAAAAGGUAUUUGAAGUUGAAGAGGAGAUGCGUCAGUUGCUGCUUGAGGUGGAAGCCAACAAGAGGAUCACAGAGGAGAAAAUGAAACGCCUUAACAGUGUACUAAAAGAUUUGAACUGGUAAAAUAUAUUGGUAAUAUGUCAUCGCAACUGG